AUGGAUUUCAAAAUCGAUGACGGGAUAUUGUCUCGCUUCAACAGCGGCCCGAUACUCAAGAAUCUCUACGAUCUUGUCCACAGUGAGCAAGAAUAUACAUCUUGUUUCUUUAAAUCCAACGAUCUGAAGGCUUUGGGAGUGGAGUCGUCUCCAGUUAAGAUAUCCGAUGGUGAGCUUCAAUUUGAACUAUGCUUUUUCAAACCUCAUCCUGAGAAGCUAUUUCAAAAAUACACAGUUGAUCCCCCCGUCCCCGAAUACCAGGAUUGUCUUGCAAAGCCUUGCAAGACUAGCGAUGAAUACAUAAAGGAAGAACAAGAAGGCAAAUGCCGCAUAGGAGAAAAUCGUGGAGAGGAUGAAUUUGACUGGCGAGGGUUCAAGUGGCCUGGCGCAAACAUUCCUAUUUUACCGAGAAGGCUUGGUACCAUCGAUCUAACGCAAUUUGGGAAGACAUUAAUGAGGAUUUAA